GUCUUCUAUUCCUCAGUGUGAUUCGAGAUGCAUGGUUGGACAGUACGGAGUGCCGACAUGUUUCCUUUUUAGUGAUUUCUCAGUGAAUUUGCACAAUUAAACAUAUACUUUUGACGUUUACUUUUAUAAACAGUCUUAAAGGAAUUAAUAAUAGGAUUGAAAUUGAAAACCCCACCAGGAAUUGAAUGAUUUGACGAACGGUAAAGGACACGAGAAGUCAAAGUCCUUAAGUUUCACUUGAAGAAAAGUUGUGCCAACUAUUAUCCUUUUCUAUCCAACUAAAACUGACAAGAAAAAACGAAAAUGUGUUACGGUUUAUAUUAACGACUGCAACUAACUUGUCUAGUGGAAACCAGUUUGAUGUGACCAGAUAAGUGUGUGUGUUCCAGACUGAAACUGAUCAAGAAAAACAUUGAAGGGCUUCAGAAAAUUCCGGUUUUACUGCAAGAUGAUUCAGCCAUUUUCAGCUCUCCAUGCCUCUGGGCGGUUCUUCUUGAGCGUCUCCAAUUCUGCAAUAUAAAGGAAACCCUACUCGGAAGUUAAUCAGUCGUCUCGUUGAAGUUCAAACAACACAACCUUCAGCAACAAUCGAGGAGAAUGAUGGGCGACCAAAGAGAUUUAGCAAAAAUCAUCACCUUGUUUGCGGUGGUGACUCUACUGGGCUGCUGCAAUCCUGUCGCCAGUUUCUUCCUUCCCAAAGUCACUCGCACCAAUGACGCCGUCAUCAUCGAUUUUUCAGUUAAGGGAUCGGAAUAUGCUGCUCCCAUUCAAAGCAAGAACGUCUUUGCUAAUCCAGCCUUCGCUCCUCCUCAGCCAUUUUUCAAUCCUUACGCAAUGAUGUAUAAUGGAUGGUCUUAUUCUUUUGGAUAUCCUGGUCCCAGCGACCGUGCAGAUACCCGUGAAGGUGUUCCAUCUACCAGGCAGUUUGAUGACGAAGAAGAAGAAGGCUUGAACGAGAAGCCGGUCAUAAAACAAAUACAAACAACAGCAAAGCCAACAACGACAGCGAAACCAACAGCAACAACAGCAACACUAACGACAACAACAACAAAACCAACGACAACAACAACAAAACCAACGACAACAACAAUAAAAACAACAUCUACAGCCAUUCAGUGCGGCCGUGGACCGACCAGAUUCCCCCACAAUGAUAACGACCGUCGUCGGACAUUAAUUAGCGAAAGGAUUUCGCUUUCAUCAGGGGGAGACUCAACUGUAGUGGUCCAAGCCAAAAAGAACGCCUGGCCGUUCAUGGUCACCCUGAAAAAUAGUAAAGGUGUCUUAUUUUGUGCCGCAACUUUAAUUAGCGACACGAGAGUAUUGCUGGCGGCUCAGUGCAUGGAACAGCUGUCUUUGGUUGACAUGUCGGGUGUAACUGUGUUGAUUGGAGUGACGGGGCCAGCAAACAUCCAAAUGACGAGGAGAAUCAGCAAACUUUAUCUUCACAGCCAAUACAAUGCUGCUAACUACGCCAAUGAUAUCGCCAUCAUUAUUUUGGACACGCCGGUGGUUAUUUCCAGGAGUGUUGCACCUGCUUGUUUGCCACCGGCAAGUUCCGACCCCGACCAAUACGCCGACAAAAAAGCCAUUAUUUUGGGAUGGGGAACGGAAGACAUCAAUACCCCCAGCGAAAAUCUGCUACAGGCCAAAGUUGACUUGGUGGCCAACUCCGAAUGCAGGUCGGAUUCUGACUUUGGAAGAUAUGUUUCCGACACGAGUCUCUGUGUUAGUUCUACGGACGUAUUCACAUGCGCAGGUGACAUUGGCGGCCCAGUGGUCAACCUCCCGGCACCAGGGACUUGGACCGUAAUUGGAAUCAACAGCUACACUCAGAGUGACUGCAGUGCCACUGGCCUGAAAACCAGAGUGUCGGCCUAUAGGGACUGGAUCGACCAGUACAUGAAGUAAAAAUGACCCACAAGGACAACGACGACGAACAUCUUGAUAUGACAUGAUUAUGGAAACUAGAUUUUCUUUUUAAUUUUAAUUCGGCUCACCAAUAUUAAUUAUUUCAAGCCAUGCUAUUUAAAGCACUAGUGCAUACCAUUUAAACAAAAUUCUGAAUAAAUAUUAGCCCAGUAAUCAAGCAAAAUCCAGC